GACGCUCAGGUGGGAACCAAAGAUCCUAUGGCGGAGCUCCGCCGCCGCCGCUCGGCCCCGCGUCCUUUCCCCGCCCCCUCCUCCCUUCUCGAGGGCGAUCCUGCGGCCGGCGACCCGAGGAGCCGGAGCCCGAGGCGUGCGGGCGAUGUCAGUGAGUGAAGGAGGGAAGGAGGUCCGGGAGGCCGCGGUGCAGCGGAUCCAGUCCUCCCGGUGCAACGUCGGCUGGUCCUCCGAAUGUAGCGCCCCUGGCGGCGGGAUGCCGCGGUGCGGCGCCGCUGGUCCUCCGAAUGUAGCGUCCCUGGCGGCGGGAUGCCGCGGUGCAGCGUCUCUGGUUUGGCGGUGACGUCUGGGUUUCGGUCGUUGCGCAGGCGGUUGACGUCACGGCGGCUCGACGCGAUUACCGUUUGCUCAUCCCCAGGGUUGCUAUGGACGGAGAGGUGGGGACGUGAGCGGCCAUUGAGGGCACCCAGGGUACCAGUGAGCCCCCCAUCUGCUCGGUGUGUGGGCUGAGCUUCAAGGGGCUGGACUUUAAUGGAGGACCACAUGAUAGGGCACAAUAAGGAGAAGCAUUAUGAGUGCGACGUGUGUGGCAAGGCCUGGCAGCGCCCAAGCCAGCUGGAGGCCCACCGGCGGAUGCACACGGGAGAACGCCCCUUCAACUGCUCCGACUGCUGCAAGAGCUUCAAGACGGCAAAUCACCUGAAGGACCACCGGCGGGAGCACACGGGUGAGAAGCCCUAUGGCUGCUCCAUCUGCGGAAAGGGCUUUACCCGGUCGUCGGGGCUGCGGGAGCAUCGGCAGGUGCACAGCAAUGAGCGGCCCUUCACCUGCUCCGACUGUGACAAAGGCUUCAAGUCAUCUACGCAGCUAAAGGUGCACAGGCGCCUGCACACUGGGGAGCGGCCCUACACCUGCAGCGAGUGUGGGAAGAGCUUCACCCGCUCCAACAACCUGCUGGAUCACCAGCGCACCCACACCGGCGAGCGCCCCUUCAUCUGCGCCCAGUGCGACAAGGGCUUCACCAACUCCUACCGCCUGCUGGAGCACCAACGCACCCACACCGGCGAGCGCCCCUUCACCUGCGCCCAGUGCGGCAAGAGCUACACCCGCUCCUCCAGCCUGCUGUCCCACCAGCAGGUGCACGCCAGCGACUGACCCGUCCCCAGCCCAGAGUGUGGAUAGUGCUUUACCAUGGUUUCCCACGCCCUGUCUCACCAGCGCGUGCACACCAGUGGCCAGCCCUAAGGCUGUGCGUACUGCAGUGAGGCAUUUGACAGCUCAUUGGAGUUGCCGCAGCACCGGCGGGCCCAUGCCGGCGAGUGGCUGCUCCCACUGUGGAAAGCAUUUCAAGAACGCACGGGGGCUGCGGGAGCACCAGCCAGUACACACCGGAGAGAGACCCUUUGUGUGCAUUGAGUGUGGCAAGGGUUUCGCCCGCAUGACCUGCCUGUGGCAGCAUCGGCGUACCCACAGCGGUGAGCGUCCCUUCCCCUGCCCUUCCUGUGGUAAGGGCUUCGCCCUCCUUGACCACCUGUUGGAGCACCGGCGAGCCCACACCAGCCAGAGCCCCUACACCUGUCUGUUCUAUGGCAAGGUCUUUGCCCGCUCCUCCAGACUGCUGGCACAGGUGUGGAUAUGUGGAUAGGUGUUAAAGUUCGAUUACUUAUCACAGACAAGUCAAGCACAGAGUGAGGCAAGAUUCUUUUAUUCGCUAGCAGGAGUGUGCUGGAAGCUAUACACCUUCGCUUCCCUGUCGCACAACUCUCCAAACAAAGAAAAGUUAGUACAAUUUUAGUAAUUUCUUAUCAAUAAACGCACCUACCAAGUCUAUCGCAUGAUUGAAAGAAUCUGUAGCCUUUCAGGAAAUAAGGAAAGCUAGACCCAUAUCAAGCUAAAUCAAUAGCAAGUUAUUAGUAAACUAUGCAAUGUCAGCAGUAUUCUCCAAUCUUAGCUCAGGCAUACUGUUCAUCCAUUUCAGUUUUGAGACAAAGUUUCUAGACAAAGAAGGACAGUCGACUCCAUUUUGUAUCAAGGUUGGCACAGUCAUUAUUGGCAGGAGUUAUUGCCUUGUCCUUGAUUCCGUAUGUUUCUUAAAACUGUCAGUUAUAUCAGAUUUGGCACCGGGUCUCUUUUCUCAAACAAUGCUUUCUCAUAUUACAUAUACAUUGUAGUUAGUAGAGAAUAGAGACUACUUACAAUGUCUCUAUUUC